UAACUUUUCGGCGCACAUUUCGCCACAUUAAAGUUUUUUUUUAUACUUUUUUACACCAUCUACGCAUAGUAUUUAAAUUAUAUUUAAUUUACUUUUAAUAUUUAAAGAAAGUAACUCAUUGUGAUAAAGCUAAAAUAGGAAUAUUUAAUUAAAGACUAGGAAAUAUAAAGAAAUUUUGGGUGCGUGCGUGUCAAUUUCGGUGAGUUAAUAAAGAGACGGAAAUAAAGAAGAAUUGACGAGAAGAAGAGGAAAGAAAGCGGAGGUAGCAAUAAGUAGAAGACCUUUGAAGUUGAUUAGUGAACGAAUCCGCUGGAUUGAGAUUUCUACAAGUUUCUAAAACGAACAAAGGAAUUUAUUAUCUGGUAAUUGCGUGAGGUGAAAUAUUAACGGAAGUUCGUCGAGCAGAAAUUCGUUUUUUUUUACAACAGUUGAUACCUCAAUUUAUUGUAUGAGUCAAAAAAUUGAAAGACCAGUACUAUCAGGUCAGCGCAUCAAGACCAGAAAAAGAGAUGAAAGAGAGAAAUAUGACCCAACGGGAUUCCGUGAUGCGGUCAUUGCUGGUCUUGAAAAAACUGAAGGUGACUUGGAACAAAUCUUUAAAUAUCUAGACAGCGCUGGUAACAAACUUGAUUAUCGUCGCUACGGCGAAGUACUAUUUGAUAUAUUAAUAGCCGGUGGUCUCUUAGUUCCGGGAGGAUCAAUCUCUCAGGAUGGCGAGAAGCCCCGCACAACAUAUUGCAUAUUCGAAGCAAGCGAAGACAUUGAGACGAUGCGUAAUCAUGAGCAGGUAUUCGUCAAGCUCAUGCGCCGAUAUAGGUUCUUGGAGAAGAUGUUCGAAGAGGAAAUGAAGAAGGUGUUAGUCUUCAUUAAAGGCUUUACACCGAGUGAACGUACCAAACUUGCGCGUAUGACAGCGCUCUGGUUAGUUAAUGGUUCUGUGCCCCCGAAUGUGCUGUUGGUAUUGAACAACGAGCAUUUGAUUAAAGAUGGCAUUGCUCUCGACUUCCUUAUCGAGGUAUUUGUCGCUUUCAAACAAGAGAAGGGCAUUGCAUAUCUGGUUCAAGCACUUAAAAAGGGUGGACUUGAAAGCAAACUAAUGGACUUUUUCCCACCAAACAAACGUACUGAAGAAUAUUUAAAACAAGUUUUUCUUGAAAAGGAAUUAACUGAAAUUAUAAAAUUACACAAAGCUCAGGCCAGUCAAGAGGCCAAGCGUGAACUGCAACAAACGCUAAUCGAUGAUAUACAUGACGAGAAGGCACACUCAGAAAUCACAGCCGAUAUUAAAGAAUUCGCACUGCGUAAUAACAUUCCCGAUCACGAGAUUAUAAUCAUUAUUUGGUCGACUAUAAUGUCGCUCGGUGAAUGGAACAAGAAGGAGGAGCUGGUCACCGAUCAAGCAGUGCGCCACCUCAAAGCCUAUUGUCCAUUGUUGCAGGCUUUUGCCUCGACCGAUCGCUCCGAGUUGGCUCUAAUAUUGAAGGUACAGGAAUUCUGUUAUGAAAAUAUGAACUUCAUGAAAGCCUUCCAAAAGAUCAUAUUACUAUUCUACAAAACUGAAGUAUUAUCAGAGGAGAGCAUACUCCGAUGGUACAAAGAUGCUCACUCCAGCAAAGGCAAAAUGCACUUCCUCGAACAAAUGCGCAAGUUUGUCGAAUGGCUGCAAUCCGCAGAAGAAGAAUCUGAAUCUGAAGAUGAACAAAAGGCACAAAGUAAUGGUGAAUAACAUAAUGAUGCUGGCAUUUUAGAUUGGUUAGGGGAGUAGAACACAACAACAAAGCCGAUAUUGUUGCAUGAACAUCGUUUAUCCUUAGAAUAAUACUAGUUAAGCUGAAGAUAGAAAAGUAAAGAAGCAAUGCAACGCAACUACAUCCACCAAGUCAACUGCUCCUAAAGCAAAUACGUACGUUAGCGACGAUGACAUCAGUACUGGCAGAUAACAAAAUGAAUUCAUUAUAUAUAUUCUACCACAUCUAACAUCAAAUAUAUAUAUAUAUAUAGAUACAUACCUACAUAACAUAAUAUAAAAUCGAUCAUAUUUCUCACACCAUAGCAAAAAUGUUUACACAAUUAUGUUUGGAACAUACAAAAAAUGAAAACAAGCAAUUAAAAUAUACCAUAUUAUACAUUAAAGAAAAAAACAAAAACAAAAACAUUUCUAUAUAGAAGUUAUAUCCAGAGAUUACUAUAAAUAUUGAGAGAGCAACACACUGCAAUAUAUAUUUGAGCCUUUGUAUGUAAUGAUGAAAUCCAAACUCCAAUAAUUUUUCAAAACUCUAAACCCAAAAGAAGCGUAACAUAAGCAAUUGAAUGAAAACACCAGUCAACAAAUAAAAUAUGCAAUUCGAACAAAUUAAAAAGUAAAAA